AUGAAAGAAGUGAUUGUGUCGAAUGGCACGAGCAUCGAGAUUAUUGAUUCUCCGAUUCCGAUACCUCAAAACGGCGAGGUCCUGAUCAGGGUUAUCGCUAGUGGCUGUAAUCCAAAGGAUUGUAAACAAACUUUGUAUUUGCCGGCCGCCAAUAGUGGAGAUGACAUUGCUGGUGUCGUCGAGGCCAUAGGUGGCGGUGUUUUCGAGUUCAAGCCUGGUGAUCAUGUCGCAGCAUUCCAUCAGAUGUACGAACCUCACGGAUCAUUUGCCGAAUACGCUAUUGCACCAGCUUAUACAACCUUUCAUAAACCCACCAAUAUAUCCUUCGAGGAAGCAACUACGAUUCCCCUUGCCUUUUUGACAGCAGCAGUGGCACUGUAUCAUGAUCUUCAGCUCCCCUACCCUUGGGCCGGAGUUGAAGAUACAGUGGGAGCCGCGCCAUUGCUCAUCUAUGGUGCCGGAACAGCGGUGGGAAACUACGCACUUCAACUAGCCCAAAGAAGUAAUCUUCAUCCCAUUAUCUGUGUGGCUGGGCAGUCGACUACUCAGAUACGAGAAUUCAUGAAUCCUGUUCAUGGAGAUGUCGUUAUAGAUUACCGUUUGGGGGCUGAACAGACAGUGUCAUCGAUCAAACAUGCCUUGGGAGGGAAGCCAUUGCUCUAUGCCUUUGACGCAGUUUCUGACCACGGAAGUGACAGAAUCAUCGGCUCUGUGAUCAGCCCCGAGAAAUCUCGGAUGUCUAUCGUCCAGCCCAGAGGCCGGGCUCGCCUUCCCAGGGACUUCUCUAUACCUGAGACCUUUCGAGUACCAGCGCUACUUGGGGUUCCUGAUGGUGUUGACGUCAUUUAUACAUCUGUGGGACGCGUGCACUCCAGUGAAAAGCAGCUCGGGUUUGUAUUCUCAAGAUACAUUAGCCAGGGGAUACAGGAAGGGUGGUUUCGGCCUCAUCCGCAUGAAGUCAUGCCUGGUGGGCUUUAUGGCGUUGGCCAGGCUUUGGAAAACUUGCACCAUGGACAAGUACACUUUUCAAAAUAUGUUUUUAGAAUUGGGGAUACCGAGGGCAUCAGUGGCUAA